AUGUCGAUGUGCGACAACAAGUCAUGGGAGACGAGAUGGUAUACGUUCGGCGCUGAGCCAGACAAGUGUGCCUUGGGCAAACCCGUGGGCUCUUGCAUCGACCCAUACAUGAGCUAUCAUCAACAGGAGAAAUUUUGUGUAGCUUGUUUGACGAGAUUCAACGAGGACUCUCCGCCCCCGCCGUCCCCUCCUGAGAGAUACCACCCUGAGGACCGCGGACACGAACAUCCUCCAAUUCUCCACUAUGAAGCAUCCGAGCAGCACGUCCUCAAGACGACGGGAGAGUUGACCAUGCCCAUGCGGGUUGCUCGGGAGCUCGACAACCACGGCGGCACAACAUUAGUUCAGACUAUGGUCCCUGAACACGCGCUCAUGCAGGAGAUAUCAACAAUCAUCUCGAACAGAAGUUUUGAUACCCCAGUUCCCGACGCUCAUGAGAUCGACGUAGACGAAGAAAAGAAUCUCACUCCCAAUCCUCCAACAACUCCUAUUCAAAUCCGGACCCCGUCGCACAUCUCUGAAUCUGUUUUCCAAGACCCAAUCCCCGAAACUGCUCUCAACAACACUCCACUCCCUACAUAUCAUCAGGCUGUGACUAGCGGACGGGCCCCUGUUUACGACAUAAUCAACCCCACUGACAUUCCACUCCACCGCAGCACUUUACAACGCAUCUCGUACCACGCCGAUCUCAUGAGCAAAGUCUGCGAAAUUUGUGGCGAUAGACAUAUCGUCAAUAUAUUAAACAAGGCAGUGAAUAUCCAGACGCCGCAUCCCGCACUGGAGGAAAUUAUGGAUGCUUUGGAAGUGCUCUACGAUUCCUUACGGGCCCUUCGUGAAGAAGCAUUCCGCCGCAGUGAUAUCGUCUUCAGAUACCGAGCGACCAGUGCGACGGAGGAGCAAGUCAGAGCCUGGAUCGCCGAGAUUACUAGAAACCCAGACAACAGUGUACGAAGCCAUCAUCGUCGCUUCAACGAGUGGAUCGGGAUCAUCUGGGACGAUUACUCCUCCGUCGUCGCCACCAUUGGAGCCAGUACAACACUACCGCCCGCCCGCAAAGCGAUCAAUCUCGCGUUUGAGCAAGAAGAGAUACGCGAUCAAAUGAGAAUGCAAGGAUUCGAACGGUCUGGUUCUGCUGACGACUGGAUCGAACCGACGCCCUGGGACAACGACAUCAUCGCGGCAACCAGAAAACGUGAUAAAGAGUACAACAAGUAUGGCAUUGGAUAUUUGAACGACAGUGAAUAUACUGAGGGUUACCCGGCUCUUCAUCUCUCUACUGGUCAUCCUUUGCUCGUUCCUCUGGCAUAUGGUGUGCCCAAUCCCUCAGAGUUUGUCAUUAUUCGAGGCGCGGAUGGAAAUCUGACAGGUUAUGUCCCUUGA